CCCUUUUUCCCUUCUCCUCUGUCUUCAUCUCUGCCUUCCUCUCUUUUUUCCUUCCCACUUUUUCUAUCUCCCUCCCUUCCCCCUUCCCUCUCUUUCCCUCCUUCUUUGUCUUCAUCUCUCCUUCUCUCUUUCUUUCUCCCUUUCCAUCACUCUUUCUCUCUCUCUCCCUCUCUUCCACAAAUCUGAAUAUUUUUGUUUACCUCCUCUCCCCAGGCUCAGUGUCUCUGCUUCCCAUCACUUCUUCCAUAUCUCCUUCUCUGACUCUCUUUUCCUUCUGAGUCUCUCCCAUUCUGCAUCUCCUGCCUGCACGUCUGUCUCAUUCUCUAUUUCUCUAUCUCUCGAUCCAACUCCAUCUCUGUCCCUCUUUCCCUUUUCCUCCCCCAUCCCAACCCUUUGGCGGCAUCUCAGGCUCUAGCUUUAGCCCUCUCCCUGACUGUUCUGCUCCCACUGUGUGUCAGGAGCCUCUACUUCCAGCUCUCAGGUUCUUGUCUCCUUGCUCCUGGGUCCCUCACAAUCCUUUUGUCCCUGAUCCCCAGGUCUCCUACCUUUAUUUAUUCCCCGAAUCUCUGGCUCUGCUUCCUUCUCCGCCCCCUCCCCCCCCAAUAUCUGCCUCCUUUUUUCUGUAUUUUUUAUAUAUCUCUGUCUCUCUGUGCGGUCUCUCCUCGCUAUGUCUGUCUCUUUCCCUCUUUUCCUGUGUCUGUCCGCCUCCCUUUCACAAUCGGUUUCUUCCCCCCCACCCUCUGUUUCGCCUUCUGUCCGUACUUUUUUUCCUCCUCCUUUUCACAAUCCCUGUCUGUUUUUUGCCUUCCUCUCUGCGGAUUCCCCCGUCUCUCUUUUCUGUCUCUAUGUCUCGGACCUCGACGUCUCUGCCUCACAAUCGCUCUCUCUCCUCUUUCUCUCUCUCUGGGUGUCUCCCCCCCACCCCUUAGCCACCUCCAGUCUUUUGCCCGCCGCCCUCGCUGUGUCUGUGUGGGCUCUGGGGCAGGGGAGCUCCCCCGGCCUCAAGCCCGGUCCUGUCACAUCACUAGCUGCAGGGUGUUAAGCCAGGGAUUAGCUCCAGUGAAAUUCUCGAUUUUGCCCGCGUUCUUUCCCCCCUGGGUUAGGUAAACACGGAGCGCCCCAGAUGGAAUCAUUUUCCGCGCUUGAAAACCAGAGGGAGGCCAGAACUGGGCAACCAGGCCGGCUGGGGGACGGGAGGAGGCGGCUGGAUCCCUACGGGGGUGGGAGGGGGAGGAGGCGCCGGGUCCCCUGGGGGCGGGGCUGGUCUGGGGAAGGGUCUCCCGGGUACCUGAGAAGGGUCUCUAAAAGAUGGAAAAGGGACACUUGGGGGGAAGCUAGGGCCCCCGCUCUAGCUUCCCCCACGUGUCCCUUUGGGGAAGCCCCUAGGUCUGGCCGGCGGGCCGAGGGCGGGGGUUCUUGGGCGCCGGGGUGGGGGAGGUGGCGCCGGGGGCCUCGGGGAGCGUGCUCCCCGGACGCCCGACUGUGUCUCCUCCAGGUCCAAGGCCACGCCAGCAUGCACCUGACUUUCUCCCUCGGUCUGCUCGUCCUCUUCGCCCUGGGGGAGGGGGAGCACUGCUCGGACGCCCAGGGCCGAGCCCGCUUCUGCAUCCCCCCGACCGCCCUCCUGGCCUGGGCUGGGGGCUCGUGCAGCCGAGCGGUCAACCACAGCAGCAGCCUGAGCCUGGCCCUCGGGGGCCCCUUCCUCCUGACCUCGGUCCACCUGCGCUUCUGCUCCCAACCCGCCGCCCACUCGGUGGCGGGAGCCCGGGUCCUGGCCACGUCGAGCGGCGAGGGCGCCGCGGGGGGCCCCUGGUGGCCCUUGGCCAGGCUCUGGAGCUCGGGGGGCCCGGCCGCCGAGCUGACCCUGCGCGCCCAGCUCGGCGCCGCCCAGCACCGGCCGGCGGUCCGUCUGCGCGUGGAGCUGGGGGCCCCGGAGGCGCUGGCGUCCGUGACCGUGCGCGGCCGGUGUCAGUGUCACGGCCACGCCGCCCGCUGCGCCGCCCGCCUCCAGCCCCCACGCUGCCGCUGCCGCCACCACACCACGGGGCCCGGGUGCGAAAGCUGCCUUCCGUCUCACCAGGACUGGCCCUGGAGGCCCGCCACCCCCCAGCAGCCGUUCGCGUGUCAGCCCUGCUCCUGCAAUCUGCACGCGCGACGCUGUCGCUUCCACGCCGAGGUGUUCCGGCUGUCGGGAGGACGGAGCGGGGGCGUCUGCGAACGCUGUCGCCACCACACCGCGGGCCGCCACUGCCACUACUGCGAGCGGGGCUACUGGCGGGACCCCCAGCAGCCCCUCUCCAGCCGCAGAGCCUGCCGGGCCUGCCAGUGCCACCCAAUCGGUGCAACCGGGGCCCAGUGCAACCAGACCAACGGACAGUGUCCCUGCAAGCCGGGAGUGACUGGCCCCUCCUGUGACCGCUGCGCUGCCGGCUACCAGCAGAGUCGUUCUAUCCGUCUGCCUUGUCAACGGAUCCCAGAGAUAACAACCACAGAGGCCACGACCCCUAGUGUCUACACUCCAGACCCGACGUGUCAGAGCCUCUGCAACGCGUCAGAAGCUCGAGUUCACAUGAGUCUGCAGCAGUACUGCCGCCAGGCCUACGUUCUUCGAGCUCAGGUGCAAUCCGCCGAACCCUCAGGACCGGCCUGGUGGCGUCUAAAGAUCCGCGUUCUGGCCGUGUACAAGCAGCGGGCAGAGCCUCUGAGCGCGGGAGCCCAGGAUGCCUGGGUUCCCCGCGCCGACCUGCUCUGUGGCUGCCUCACCCUCCGUCCUGGGAAUGUCUACUUGCUGCUGGGGGGGCCGCCCGAAGGGCCCGACCCCACCCGCCUGGUCCUAGAUCACCGUGGGCGCGCCCUGCCCUGGAGACCCCAGUGGGCGCAGACCCUGCGGAGGCGGCAGCGGGAGGAGCGGGCCGGGGGCUGCUCCUGAGAGCGCUCCCUCACUGGUGCGCCCGACCUAGAACCUCUCAGCCAUCCCCAAUAAAGUGGCCGU